AUACUCACGACCAUCCUUUGAAGACGCUGUCCAGAUGUCGAAUACUAUCGCGCUUUACCCCCUUUCCAACUUCACUUUCAGUACGAAGGAAUCCCAACCAGAAGAGGACCCUUCUGUGUCUGCCCGCCUGCAGCGCUUACAGAACAAUUAUGAAGACUUUGGCAUGCGGCGGACUGUGGAGGGUAUUCUGGUUGUGCACGACCAUGGGCAUCCCCACAUCCUCAUGCUGCAGAUCGCGAACGCCUUCUUCAAACUUCCAGGAGACUAUUUGAAGCCCGGUGAGGACGAGAUCGAAGGCCUCAAGCGCCGUCUCGACGACCGCCUCGCCCCGCCGGCAGAGUCCCGCCAGUUCAACACAUCGCACGGCAUGGAUAAUGACUGGGAGAUCGGAGACUGUCUUGCUCAGUGGUGGAGGCCUAAUUUCGAGACGUUCAUGUAUCCCUUUGUUCCCGCACAUAUCACCAAGCCGAAAGAAUGCAAGAAGCUAUUCCUUGUGCAGAUGCCUGAGAAGAAAGUUCUCGCCGUGCCCAAGAAUAUGAAGCUCCUCGCCAUUCCACUCUUUGAGCUUUAUGACAACGCCGCCCGUUACGGACCACAAUUAUCGGCCAUCCCGCACUUACUUUCUCGUUAUAAUUUCAUCUACCAGUAGUCCGCAUCAUUUCCCUCCAGAGCCGUCGCCAAGUAGAGGCUCCCUCGCAUUGUCUCGCACGCAAAAGUCCCUAUCAUCGCACCCACUGUGUAUAAUAUUAUUGAGUUAUUGGUCCUUCCCUCGUUGUCAUCCGAACAAUCUCCCAUUGCGCCCGGACUUGGAAUCGCCUGUUCUCCCGUUGAAUGUUUUCAUUGUCGCCCGGCCUUGUUGUCCC